GGUGUUGGGUGCGGAAACAGGUUUGCGGAUUUUGUUGGCCAAGGAUUUUGCCCUUUUGUGCUGGGGAACAUAAGCUGAAAUGUUUGCAGCAGCUGGUUGUUUAAGACGGCGAGCCUUUCGAGAGUGGUGAAGCCCAGCCAGUUUUUCGGACCAGAGAAGUGGUGUGUACAGAAGAGGCAGCAGCAGCUGAAAGUACUGUGCAAACUUCGAUAAGGACCGCUCGAUAGAUAGCAGCCUCCAAUAUGUCUCUCCAAACAGAUAAUAUUGAUUUUAAAGAAAAGCUAAUCGCGACCGUCAAGAAAGAGGUCAAGCAGGUGAUGGAGGAAGCGGUCACCAAAAAGUAUAUCCACGAAGAGUCCGGGUCGGUUACGUCGCUCUGUUCGGCGGUGGAGGCCUGUCUGUCCCAGGGACUGCGUCGGCGGGCCCUCGGCCUGUUCAAGACAUCCUCGACGACUGCCCUGCUGCACAAGGUGGCCAAGCACUGCCCGGAAGCGGCACUGAUUAGCAAGAAGGUGCAGGAAAUCGAGAACAACGAUCCGAACAAGCGUUCCUCGUCCAGCAGUGACAGCACCAACAAGCCACCGAUUCUGAAGAAGGGCAGCAGCCACUCGGUGUCGACGACUACGCCCCCAACUGGACCACCGGUUGUUAAAUUCUUGUGGAUCCGCCUGGCCCUGUACGAGAAGAAGCUAUCGCGCAUAAUCGACCACCUGGUGACGAACGCGACCCGGUACUACGAACGCGACUCGCUCGUGGCGGACCCCGACUACGGUUCCAUCCUGAGCUCGCUGCUGGUGGGACCGUGCGCGCUGGAUUACUCACGUGCCAAAACGGCGGAUCACUUUUGGACCGAUCCACCGGCCGACGAAUUGGUCCAACGACAUCGAAUCAGCUCCGGCAAUCCGACGUCGCCAGCGAUUCGCCGUCCAAUGCUGAACUUUAAGCGCAGCCUGCACACCAGCUCCGACGAGGGCAGCAUGGCGUCGUUCAAGUCCAACUCGCUGGUGUCCGCCUCGAAGGACUACGUGGAAUCGCUGCACCAGAACUCGCGCGCCACGCUGCUCUACGGCAAGAACAACGUCCUCGUGCUACCGAAAGAGGUCAGCGAGCCGAUGCCCGGCUAUCUCAGCUUGCACCAGACGGUUCAAUCGCUGACGAUCAAGUGGACACCGAACCAGCUAAUGAACGGGUACACCGAGUCGGAAGCCAUCGAUAAGAGUUCGUAUUGGGCGUACGCACUGAACGUGAAUGUUGACGAGAUCGUGUACGUUCACUGCCAUCAGGCUCGCGGUGGUGACACUGGCGGUACGGUCAUCCUGGUCGGGCAGGACGGUGUUCAGCGGCCACCGAUUCACUUUCCCGAGGGUGGACACAUGGCAGCGUUUUUGAGUUGUUUGGAAACUGGUCUCCUUCCCCACGGGCAGCUGGAUCCACCGCUGUGGUCACAGCGUGGCAUCGGAAGAAUCUUCCCCUGGCCACACAAAUCUCGACGUAGACCGCUGCCGUCACUGCUGGAGGCCGCAACGAGUGAUGAGCUACCGAUAGACUACGUGUUCCGUGUUGUCAACAAGAGCAAUACGGAGGAGUUUUUGGCUACCCAUUCCAUUCUGGAUUUGGGACGUACCAGUCCACGUUACCGGGCGCAGCUGAGCAGCUGUUCCACCAACGAAAGCAGUGACUGCUCCAGCAAGAGCCUCUCGAUCGAUGCCAUGUCGAUCGAUAGUCCGAACCCGGCUACGAACCAAUCGACUAGUAUUGCCCUCGUUUGCUCAACCAUGAAGAGACAGAUCAUAUCCCGGGCGUUCUACGGCUGGCUCGCGUACUGCCGUCACUUAUCAACGGUGCGAACUCACCUGUCGGGACUGGUCAACGGGCGUAUUACACCCGAGAUUGGUGCCGAGGAGGGAUUGACCCGAUCGCGGUGGGAAGGACUGCACGAUGAGAACGGAGUGGUGGCUGAUGAUCAGGAGGUUUACCGGCUGGUCUACUACGGUGGCGUUGAGCACGAUAUUCGAAAGGAAGUUUGGCCGUACCUUUUGGGACAUUACAGCUUCGGGACGACACCGGAGGAUCGAGCGGGUCUCGAUGAAACUACGAAGCACUACUACGAGACUACCAUGAGCGAGUGGUUGGCCGUCGAAGCGAUUGUCCGUCAGAGGGACAAGGAGAAAACGGCGGUCGCCGUUGCGAAGCUCAGCUCGGGCAGUGGGAGCUUGGAGAACAAAAGCAAGGACGUCGAAGAGGAGGAGAUGGACAACGAAGUGUUUGAGGAGAAUGGGUUCUCCGACAUGUCGGAACCGGAAGUGGACGACGACGAGGAGAGCUCCAAACGGAAACAGUCGAACGCGGCUGGAGGAGAAGCCGAAAAAGCUGAAACCGAAGAGGGUGAAAAGCAAGAAGCUUCCAACAGGCUCGAACUACCCCUUUCGGACCACGGCAAAGAUAUCGAUAGCAACAAGAGUUCACCGUCGGACUCCUCGUACGCGACGGUGGGUGCCGACUUUGUGGACGUAAACGAACUGCUGCCAGUUACAAACAACGAAGCUGUCCUGCAAGAUGAUGACGGAGACAAUGCGGACGGCGAGGGUGAGGAAGAGGAGGAGGACGACGAUCUGGGUUCGAUCCAAUCGCCGGGACAUCCGCGGGCUGUGAUUGUGACGGACGCUUCCAUUGAUGUGACCAUGCUGAACGAGGCUAAGGAACCGAACAACAACACGCUGGAAGCGCUGCCAGAAGAGGGAGGACUGACUCAGCUGGACGCGCUGCAGGAACCCAAGUCGGCGUGUGUGUCGCCGGCCAGCUCCAACGGCGGAAUUUACAGCAGCGAACUUUUGGAAUCAUUUGGACUAAAUUUGCACCGUAUUGAGAAGGAUGUCCAGCGGUGUGAUCGCAAUUAUUGGUACUUUGCUAAUGAAAACCUGGACAAAUUGAGAAACGUUAUUUGCACCUACGUCUGGGAACACCUGGACGUGGGCUACAUGCAAGGCAUGUGCGAUCUGGUGGCACCCCUGCUGGUAAUCUUCGACGACGAGUCGCUGAGCUACGGUUGCUUCUGCCGGUUCAUGGAACGGAUGAUCGAAAACUUCCCCAACGGGGGCGCAAUGGACAUGCACUUUGCCAAUAUGAGAUCGCUCAUCCAAAUACUGGACUCGGAAAUGUACGACCUGAUGCAUGCCCACGGGGACUACACGCACUUUUACUUCUGCUACCGGUGGUUCCUGCUGGACUUUAAGCGCGAGCUGAUCUACGCGGACAUGUUCUGCGUGUGGGAGUGCAUCUGGGCGGCCAAGCACGUGGCCUCGGGCCAGUUUGUGCUGUUUCUGGCGUUGGCCCUGCUGGAAACGUACCGCGACAUCAUACUGUCGAACAGUAUGGACUUUACCGAUAUCAUCAAGUUUUUCAAUGAAAUGGCAGAAAGGCACAACACACCCGCAGUAUUAAAGCUGGCUAGGAAUUUGGUUCUGCAGCUGCAAACAAUUAUUGAGAAUAAGUAGAGUGUUUUGAGUGGUAAUGGAUAGAGAUGUUGUAACAUAUUGACGUCACCAAUUUGGUAUCAGAACUGUGGAUCAGUUCUCUUGGACUGGAAUCCAAACACUAGUGCUUCUUCGUGGGGCUCGUAUUACUUUAGAUGAGGCAUACUUGUUAUAUUUAGAACAAAUACCCUAAAAUACAAAAUAAAAAUAUGGAAGCAACACAAGUAUUGCACAUCAUUGUAAGCAAAUCACACUAAACAAAAUAUUGUAACAAGAGCAAGAUGUCAAUGUCCUGUCACAUAUAUAUGUCACCGUUACCUUCUCGUAUACACAAACAUUAAUCCAAACAAGUGAGAACUAUCUAUACAGUAAAGUUUAAUUUUCAUACUGAUGAAUCUUACCUGACCUUCCACAGUCAGAGCAAAAACCUAAGUCAAUGUUUAAUCCCCUAUUAAGUGAAACUAGUAAACCUAACCUUCAUGUAUACUGUCAAGUACUUAACCAAUUUUAGCUACUCCUAUAUUUAUACAUCCUUUAGAAUGACCACCUAUAGACAGUGAAUUGAACUACCCAUUGUUUUACCAGUAAAGAAAGCCGUAUUUUAAAUAAUUGUUUUAGAAAGAUUGUUAAAAAGUAUAUAUUAUGUCAACAAUAGAUGCUAUUUUAUAGUUCACGACGUAUAUUUAUUAUCUAAAGAUACAACUAUCAAGUACUGAACUCGAGACAGGAAGUGUCAUCUAUGCAAAAACAUUGUUACACAGUGGAAUUAAACAAAAAAAAAUGUGAAUGGUUUUUAGCAGGCUCCAAGAGCGUACCCGUUUAUAUAGUUGAGUUUGUCCGCUUUAUAUAUUCUAACCCUGAUUACCAAUAUAUUAUCUACAAAAGAAUGAAUAUCGUUGUCAAAAACACGAGAGAAAAAAACAUACAAAAUAUCUUGGAAAUUGAAUCUUAUGAGUCACAAAAAACAUAAACACUAAAUGAAACCACAACAGAAAAAAAAACUGUCAAAAAAGAGCUCAGUUUUGGCGCAAAACGAGUUGAAGGUAUCAAUACACAACACAUCUUCCAAUAGUAGCUGCUAACAAAAACAAAAGGACAAACAAACAAACAAAGGAAUAGUAACAACCAAGUAAAAUAAACUUAAACAACGGAGCUGCGAACUGAGAGCGGCGAAAUAUGCCUAUAGAAAGAUACACUGUUUGUACACGACAAAGAAUACCUAUAUUGUAUUUAUUGAGACAUUAACCAUUAACGGCGAGUGUGACACGGAGAACGGCUUGCAUUGGUAGUACUUCUUUAGUUUGAAGACGCUUUUGAUGAUUGCCACAAUGACAAUUAUUUGGUAACUUUAAAUAAGUAUUUCCAAAUUGAUCGAAAUUCCAUUUACGGAAAAAUCUUUUUACAUCCAUUUUCUGUUAGCUUGACGAUGAAUCCAAAAUACUAUAACUAGUUCCACAUAACUUCUUGAUAUUCGCUAGGUUCUACUAUUUACCACAAUAAAUUGAAAGAUUGUCCCGGGUUACCCACUCUGUUCCAUCAUGAGAGUUGUUCAAAAUGUUCACACUCGCUAAUACAAUGCAAAAUUUGUAAGGUAAUUGAAAUUCAAAGAAAUUGGAAAUAAAAUAAAUAUUAGUUUACGCAAA